AUGUCGGGUGAUGACCAACUUGCUGUUAGGCUUCUCAGUGAAGAACUGGUGAGAAAAUGCAUGAAGAUUGGCGGCAGUUCCAACCUCGGGUGGUCGUUUACACUAGAUGAAAAGCUUUCGCCGAAGCUCAAUGCUUACGCCGUUGCCGCCAUUGGAUACUCUCAACUGUCACGCUGGAUGACCCUGACAAAUCUUCCCCAGGAUCUACGUGAAGAAGACUUCAUAGCGCGUUUGAUUCCGCGAGCAGUGGAGUUUGCUCGGUUCGACCCCAUGCAGCAGCAGGCGCAGAUUGGGUUCCUUAAUAUAUGGCAAGCAUUGCAGGUAAUUGAAGUAGUACUAUCUUUUGAUCAACGGGACGAGGGGUACUUGUUGCCCGACUGGUACCCCGAAGAGGACGUCAACCAGAGGAACGUGAACCGUGCAGUUCGGAUAUCCAAUGUCACUAGUUCUGACACGGCUCACACCAUUCGAAGCUGGAUCCGCGACUUCGAAGAGAGCGGACUGCACCAUGUCCUGUUCUACAGUCGUUACCCCAAAAAGAACUUGAUCAAAAUGGUGUUCUCUACUUCAGUCUCUGCUCAGGAUUUCGUUGAGAAGUACAUGUCGGCGGCGCAGGGGAUCGGCGCCGAGAUGUUGUUAAAACCUCAGAAGAAACCGCUGCCUCGCAGUAAAAUUACCGCUGUCGACCUUGGCGCCUCUCUACCUUCAACCGCAGUGGGGAUAUCAAAAUAUCAGAAGAGUUUAGAGACGACCUCUCCCACGGCUGGGUUUCUCAGACGUUCAACCGAGGGUGCUAGCAUGAAUUUCAUUGGCGCACAGCACUUGGCCCCAUUUGUCAAGACGUACGAGAGGCGGGAUGCAUAA